AGCAAGACGCACGAUGGAUCUGCUUAAUUCCACUGAGGGAACUUCAAACUUCUCAUCCUUUUCAGGACUUCAAACCCAUCCGGACGGGUCCUCCAACGUUCUGGUCCCUGUCGUGGUUUUGUCCCUCUGCUUCAUUACUGGAGUUCCUGGAAACAUCGCUGCAAUUGUUCUCAGGCCAAACUGGCAGCGUAUGUCUGGCCUGAGCCAGAGUUUACUGUUGAAUCUGGCCGUCUCUGACCUCCUUGGUUUGCUGACCAUUCCUAUGUGGAUUCAUGCUUUACUCUACGGCUGGCCGUCCGGCCUGGCAUCCUGUAAAGUUUUGGUGUAUUUUGGAUACAGCAGUGUUUAUGGCAGCAUGCUGACUGUAACCGGACUUAGCGUUCAGCGCUACCUGAUGGUCGUGCACCAGCAGAAAUAUCAACAGGUACGACCAAGACUAGUGUUGCUUCUGCUCUGGCUGGUUGCAUUGAUCCUGUCCAUUCCUAAUUUGGUGUUUCAGCAGCUGGUACCGGAUCAGCAGCGGGUAGACUGCUGAGCUCAGUAUGCUUCUGAUGCCCAGUGGUCGGCCGUGCUGAUGUCAGAGACGUUGACAUUAUUUGCUUCAUUUAGUAUUGUGGCAUUUUCAUACAUCCGCCUGAAGAGGAUGGUCACCCAGGCGACCUUUUUCAACAAUCCACAGACUUCCAAACUGAUUUCCAGCAUCAUUGUGAGCUUUUUUGUUUUGUGGACUCCGUAUCACGUGACAGCUGUGCUGGGUGUGGCAGCCAUAAGCCUCAAAAAUGAAAGGAUGUUAAAAUUGUACAAGUACACAUGGGACAUUGUUGCAGCAGUGACAUUUUUCAACAAAUGCCUGAAUCCAUUCCUCUACACCUUUACCUCUCAUCAUUAUUUAACCUUUUGCCACAAAAGGAAACCAAUUCAGCAGAAACGAAGAAUUCUCCAAACUCCGGACGACACCCCGACUGUAGGGUUGUAAUUUGUAAAGGAAUGAUAUGUUUUUUAAUAUUGUACUUGCAGCUUGUCUCUAAUAUUAUUAAUGAUUUAUAAACAUUUCUUUCUGUAUUAGCUUUUACAAAGAUCAUAGAAAAAUUGCAAACAUGCAACAUGAAUUCUAUAUUAUUAUUUAUUUGUCAGAUAAUUUAAUUUCAUUUUGGUGUGUCAUGCAGACACUUUCAGCUUGUUUGGCUUGUUUUAAACCUCGAACAUUACUUUUGUUUCUGAUUGUUCUUUUUUAAGAGUCUUCAACUAUCCCCAAACAACCCAACUGGUUACCAGCAUCAUUGUGGAUUCCUAGUCCGCCCUGCCAGACUCCUCUGUCUAAUUCUGCACAGAGAAAGAAUCAAACAGAGGAGGAGUCUGGCCAGGCUAGUAGAUUCCAUAUUUUACUACUGUGGGCGACGGUGGCACAGGAGUUAAGUGCUCGCCCCGUAAUCGGAAGGUUACAGGUUCAAGCCCCACUCAGUCUGUCGCUGUUGUUGUGUCCUUGGGCAAGACACUGAGGCCCUGUCCACACGUAGCCGGGGAUCUGCCAAAACGUAGAUAUUUUUCUGCGUUUUGGCCUGUCAUCCACACGAAAACGGAGUUUUUUCACACGAAAACGGAUCUUUUUAAAAACUCCGGCCAAAGUGAAGAUCUGCGUUUUCUCCGUUUUGGGUGUCUGCGUGUGGACAGACAAAACCGGAGUUUUAAGGUCCGCAGCGCCACUUUCCACGACAAAAAAAAUGCUGACAUCACGUGUGCGACCUGUGUUUACACUAGCCGACAGCAUAGAUGCCCUCAGAGCUGCGCUCGCUUUAUCAAUUGUCCAAGCGCUUUUUGCUCGUUUGUUUUUGCAAGAGGAAUUACUGCUCCUUGCGGAAGACCACAGACGAAGGACGAGGUUAAGAACGGGGGAAGUACUGCCGCCUACAGGUCUGGCAUGUCCUUAACAACGUAUUUAUCCGGGUACGUGUGGACAGAGUUUUUUUUUAAAACGAGGUGGUGUGGAUGCAAGUUUUUGGAGGGGCGGAUAUUCGUUUUCAAAAAAACCCGGCUACGUGUGGACUAGGCCUUAACCCACGUUGCCUGCUGGUGGUGGUCAGAGGGACCGGUGGCGCCAGUGCUCGGCAGCCUCGCCUCUGUCAGUGCGCCCCAGAGCAGCUGUGGCUACAUUGUAGCUCAUCCCCACCAGCUUGUGAAUGUGUGUGUGAAUGGGUGAAUGACUGAUUGUGUUGUAAAGCA